AACAAUAAAAACAAGAUUUCAUGUCUCCCCUAGACACAUAAAAAAUAAAAAAUUUGUAUAAUUAAUUAAUUAAUAUAGUUAUCUCCUCCUUCGCGAGCAGUUUCAUUUUCAAAGGGAAAAACAAAUCCAAAUCAAGGAAAAACAAAUCCGCAGAGUAGCCACGAUCGCCGAUCAGAUGGCGGCGGGAGGCGGCAUUGACUUGGAGCAGAUCAGGAAUGAGACCGUCGAUCUGGAGAGCAUUCCGGUGAAGGAGGUGUUUGCGCAAUUGAAGUGCAAUGAAAAGGGGCUCACGUCGGCGGAAGGGGAGCAGCGCCUGAAUAUUUUUGGGCCCAAUAAGCUCGAGGAGAAGAAGGAAAGCAAGGUUCUUAAAUUUUUAGGGUUCAUGUGGAAUCCGCUCUCAUGGGUGAUGGAGAUGGCUGCCAUUAUGGCGAUUGCUUUGGCUAAUGGAGGGGGUGAGGCGCCGGAUUGGCAAGAUUUUGUGGGGAUCACGGUGCUCCUCGUCAUCAACUCCACCAUCAGCUUCAUCGAGGAGAACAACGCCGGCAAUGCGGCGGCGGCGCUCAUGGCUGGCCUCGCUCCCAAAACCAAGGUGCUGAGGGAUGGCAGUUGGUCGGAGCAGGAGGCGGCCAUUCUCGUUCCCGGCGACAUCAUCAGCAUCAAGCUGGGAGACAUUGUCCCCGCCGACGCCAGGCUGCUGGAGGGCGACCCUCUUAAGAUCGACCAAUCCGCCCUCACCGGCGAGUCCCUCCCCGUGACCAAAAAUCCAGGGGACGAGGUGUUCUCCGGAUCCACCUGCAAGCAGGGAGAGAUCGAGGCCGUCGUCAUCGCCACUGGCGUCCACACCUUCUUCGGCAAGGCGGCCCACCUCGUCGACAGCACCAACAACGUCGGCCACUUCCAGAAAGUGCUCACCGCCAUCGGAAACUUCUGCAUCUGCUCCAUCGCCGUCGGCAUGGUCAUCGAGAUCAUCGUUAUGUACCCGGUCCAACACCGCCGGUACCGCGACGGCAUCGACAACCUCCUCGUCCUGCUCAUCGGCGGCAUCCCCAUCGCCAUGCCCACCGUGCUGUCCGUCACCAUGGCCAUCGGGUCCCACCGGCUGUCGGAGCAGGGGGCCAUCACCAAGCGAAUGACUGCCAUCGAGGAGAUGGCCGGCAUGGACGUGCUUUGCAGCGACAAGACGGGGACGCUCACGCUCAACAAGCUCACAGUCGACAAAAGCUUAAUCGAGGUGUUUUCGAACGGCGUGGAUAAGGAAAUGGUUGUCCUGUAUGCUGCUAGGGCUUCGAGGGUGGAGAACCAGGACGCCAUUGAUGCUUCCAUUGUCAACAUGUUGGGUGACCCCAAGGAGGCGCGUGCAGGAAUCAAAGAGAUCCACUUCCUGCCUUUUAAUCCGGUCGACAAGCGCACUGCAAUCACCUACAUCGAUUCCGAUGGGAGAUGGCACAGAUCGAGCAAGGGAGCGCCUGAGCAGAUCAUUGACCUUUGCAAGAUGAACGACGAAUCGAGCAAGAAGGUCCACCAGGCGAUCGACGGUUAUGCUGAUCGUGGCCUUCGAUCACUCGGCGUCGCCAGGCAGGAGGUCCCCGAAGGCAACAAGGAGAGCGCCGGCGGGCCGUGGCAAUUCAUGGGUCUCUUGCCUCUCUUCGAUCCCCCCAGGCACGACAGUGCCGAGACCAUCCGUCGCGCCCUCCACCUCGGCGUCAACGUCAAGAUGAUCACCGGCGACCAGCUCGCCAUCGGGAAAGAAACCGGUCGCAGGCUCGGCAUGGGCACCAACAUGUACCCCUCUUCCGCCCUUCUCGGCGACAAGCACAGCGGCGGCGAACUCAGCGGGCUCAACGUGGACGACCUCAUCGAGAAGGCCGAUGGAUUCGCCGGAGUCUUCCCCGAGCACAAGUACGAGAUCGUGAAGAGGCUACAAGACCGGAAGCACAUCUGCGGCAUGACCGGCGACGGCGUGAACGACGCGCCGGCGCUGAAGAAGGCCGACAUCGGGAUCGCGGUGGCGGAUGCGACGGACGCCGCCAGGGGCGCCUCCGACAUCGUGCUAACUGAGCCUGGCUUGAGCGUGAUCGUGAGCGCGGUGCUGACCAGCCGCGCCAUCUUCCAGCGGAUGAAGAACUACACCAUCUACGCCGUGUCCAUCACCAUCCGCAUCGUCCUCGGCUUCCUCCUCAUCGCCCUCAUCUGGCGCUUCGACUUCUCCCCCUUCAUGGUCCUCAUCAUCGCCAUCCUCAACGACGGCACCAUCAUGACCAUCUCCAAGGACAGGGUCAAGCCCUCCCCCUUGCCUGACUCAUGGAAGCUCGGCGAAAUCUUCGCCACCGGCGUCGUCCUCGGCACCUACCAAGCCAUAAUGACCGUAGUCUUCUUCUACCUCGCCCACGAUACAGACUUCUUCCCGGUGAGUACUCAACAGCAAAGCACACGCUCAAAAACUCGUAACCUGAUCCAUCGGCAUCCUGCGCGUGUCGAUCAAAAACAGGAAAAGUUCGGAGUGAGGCCGAUCAGAGACGUGCCCGACGAGAUGAUGGCGGCUCUGUAUCUCCAAGUCAGCAUCAUCAGCCAGGCGCUCAUCUUCGUCACCAGGUCCAGGAGCUGGUCCUUCGUGGAACGCCCUGGUCUCCUGCUCCUCGCCGCCUUCCUCGCCGCCCAACUAGUUGCGACUCUGAUCGCGGUGUACGCGUCGUGGGAGUUCGCUAGGAUCCAAGGCAUGGGUUGGGGGUGGGCGGCGGUCAUCUGGGUCUACAGCUUGAUCACCUUCAUCCCCCAAGACGUCCUCAAGUUCAUCAUCCGGUACGCCCUCAGCGGCAGGGCCUGGGGCAACCUGCUCGACAACAAGACCGCAUUCACCAGCAAGAAAGAUUACGGGAGGGAAGAGAGGGAGGCUCAGUGGGCGACGGCACAGCGCACCCUGCACGGCCUCCAGCCGGCCGACACCUCCGAGCUCUUCAACGACAAGAGCAGCUACCGGGAGCUGUCAGAGAUCGCCGAGCAGGCCAAGCGGCGUGCCGAGAUCGCCCGGAUGAGGGAGCUGCACACGCUGAAAGGGCACGUUGACUCCGUGGUGAAGCUGAAGGGGCUGGAUAUUGACAACAUGCAGCAACACUACACUGUCUGAGAGAUGAGACUUGAUUGCCUAGAGCUGCAGUGAGAGAUUUGGGUUGCUUGCUGCUGGGAAGGGACUAGGGAGCAUGUGGUGGGAACGGAGUGAUACAUUAUAUAUGGAUAAUUAUUAAGAUAUAUGCACCAUCAAUUUUUAGGACAACUCAAGACUCAAUAUAUGUAUUUUACUGGAGUUUUUUUUUUCCUACCAUUGGAAAUAGGUAAAAAAAUGCUUCAGAUGUAGAGUUCUUGGGUGGUGUCUUUUGAAUUGGAUUAAUUGAUUUGAGAACUAA